UCCGAAUCCGCCCACCUCAGCCUCGAGCCUAUAAAAUGCGAGGUCGGCGGGUUGUGCUUACCCUGCUUUGUUACGGGAGGGUUGUGGACUGGAGGCGGACGAGGAGAAGUGCGGCCAGCGAGGAUAGCUCGUCAUGGCACCUAUUGGAGGGAGCCCUGAAGGAAAGAAGGGUAUUUUAGAACGCCUAGAUGCUGGAGAAAUUGUGAUUGGUGAUGGAGGAUUUGUCAUUGCUCUUGAAAAGAGAGGUUACGUAAAAGCUGGACCUUGGACUCCUGAAGCUACAGUAGAACACCCAGAAGCUGUUCGUCAGCUUCAUCGAGAAUUCCUCAGGGCUGGAUCAAAUGUUUUACAGACAUUCACCUUUUAUGCCAGUGAUGAUAAAUUAGAGAACAGAGGAAACUAUGUAGCUGAUAAAUUUUCUGGCCAGAGAAUAAAUGAAGCUGCUUGUGACAUUGCAAAAGAAGUUGCUCAAGAAGGAGAUGCUUUGGUGGCUGGAGGCGUUAGUCAAACACCUUCAUACUUGAGCAAGAAGAGUGAAGCUGAAGUGAAAGCAAUCUUUCGAAAGCAGUUGGAAGUUUUUAUCAAAAAAGAGGUGGACUUCCUAAUUGCAGAGUAUUUUGAACACGUUGAAGAAGCCAUGUGGGCAGUUGAAAUUUUAAAGGAAUCUGGGCUGCCAGUUGCAGUUACUCUGUGCAUCAGCCCAGAAGGAGACAUGGAUGGUAUAACACCAGGAGAAUGUGCUGUUCAACUUGUUAAUGCUGGGGCUUCCAUUGUUGGAGUAAACUGCCACUUUGAUCCAGCUACUUGUCUCAAAACUAUUAAACUCAUGAAGGAAGGUUUGGCAUCUGCUAAACUAAAAGCACAUCUGAUGUCACAGCCACUUGCUUUUCAUACUCCUGACUGUGGGAAGCAGGGUUUUAUUGAUCUACCAGAAUUUCCUUUUGCUUUGGAACCAAGAAUUUUAACCAGAUGGGACGUUCACAAAUAUGCAAGAGAAGCUUACAAUUUAGGGAUCAGAUAUAUUGGAGGAUGCUGUGGAUUUGAACCGUAUCAUAUCAGAGCAAUUGCUGAGGAGCUGGCCCCGGAAAGGGGCUUUUUACCCUGUGCAUCUGAAAAACAUGGUAGCUGGGGGAGCGAUUUGUGUAUGCAUACUAAACCAUGGGUUAGAGCAAGGGCUAGAAAAGAAUACUGGGAGAAUGUAUUACCUGCUUCAGGUCGGCCAUAUUGUCCCUCACUGUCAAAACCAGAUGAUUGGGAAGUGACCAAGGGAGAUCUGAUACAGCAGAAAGAAGCAACAACUGAACAACAGCUGGAAGAACUUUUCAAGAAACAGUCAUUCAAAUCCAAAAUUGUAUCUUAAAUUAGCAACAAUUUUAUAUUGAUUAAAAAUUACAAUCAAUAUCAAAUGAGCAGAAGAUACAGGCAAAUCUGUUUCAUAUUCAUUAAAAUAUAACCUCAAACAUCAUCUACUUUCUUCCAACUUGUUUAUAUGCACACAGCAAAAGAUUCCUCAUCUUUGAUCCUAUUGAAAUAAUUUUAUUGAAUAGGGCAGUCCAGCUGAAGGAAGACAGAUAGACAUUCUGUACAAAGACAGUUUUUUUUCUCUCUCUCUUUCCUUUGGUUCCAAUGUUGCAGUUUUGAGAUUUCCAUAGAAGCACAACACAGUCUGGCAGAUUCUUGGCUACUCUGACAUACCCCUGAAACACCCAGCUUUGGCCCCUGCUGCCAGCAUUCCACAGAUGAGUCACGUCUGGGGAACCUUUAGCUGCGCAAAUUCGACAAUAUAAACAGGCUUAUGUCUUUAGUAACAAUUGUUGCCUCCAGAUUUGUACUUUAGGUCACACUGCAUUCAGUCACAUUUUCUUCUCAGCGCCUGGGUGUAAGAUUGCAGGCAAAGUAUGAGUGCCUUUUAGCUUAGAUAUAUUUUAGCUUCAUCUGGGUUGCUAAUACAGAUUGGGAGGUCUUUCAUGUGGAGCAAUGUUUAACAAACUUAAAAGCUAUUAAUACUUUGUGAUUUUUUUUUUGCUCUGGGUAAGAAUUUAAACUAUAUAAUUUCAUUACAAUUAUAUAACUUUAAAAUAUUCUGGAGAAUUGAAUACUUAGAAUAAGCUGCAUUGGUUUACAAGAUGCUACUCAGUAAGCAUCUACUCAGCAGCUACUGUAAAUGUGUAUUCAAGAAAAAUACCAAGCUACUAGGCACUUACAAAAGCAGGUACAUUUUCAGUCUCAGACGCUUUCAGUCAACCAUCCUCUGACAAUUAAACAUCUGUUGCCCAUCCAGGAAGACAAUAGGAAGACCUAUUCCUACAAGAUUUUUUUUUAAGCUUAUUUGUUCACUUUACAUCUAGGUGGAACAAUAUUAAGCUUUGCAUCAGUUCCCUCUUGGUUGGGCAGAGGAUUCCUAUACUAUAAUGUAUUCUAGGCAAAUGCACAAAUACACAUUCUAGAUUUAGAAGAUAUGUUCUUAAAGUUACGUGUUUAUAGUUUAAGCAGUUCCCUAUUUUAAGAUGGACAAGUAGAAUUAAUGAGACAA